AGGUAAACCACAAAUUAAUCUCCUAACUUUUCUUUCUUUCGCUCAAUUAAACUAAUAGCUUAUAUUUGCUUCCACUAAUUUUUCAAGUAAUUCCGUUUAACAUGGCGCCGACUAUGGCAGUGCCUUCCACCCAAACAAAACCUCAUCACCGCCGUGAGGUCUCCGCCGUGCCGCAGAGCGAGAUGCUCAGAAGAAGAAACGAGGAGUUAGAGAAGGAAUUGAAGAAGAGCGUUGAGAGGGAAGAUAAAAUGAGAGAGGAAUUGAAGAAGAUAUGGGAGCGGCUGAGGGUCGCGGAGGAGGCGGAGGAGCGGCUUUGCUCCCAGCUCGGAGAAUUUGAAGCCGAGGCUGUUGAUCAGGCUCGGGCUUACAGGACACGUGUUCUCAAUCUGAUGGAUCAACUCUCUUUGGCCAAAAAGCUUCUCCAAUCAGCUUCCGUUCCCGUUCCCAGUUCCCAAUAAUCGUAGGGGAAAUUGGGUUUGAUACAUUCAUUAUUUUUCUGUUUGUAUAAUUAUCUAUAGUAAUUGUAUUGAUCUGAUUAAUUCAGAUUAAUAUAUUAAGUAGGCCUAAGAAGGAUGAACCACUAAUUUGUUGAUUUCUAGAAUUGUGGUUUAAUAGGAUAAUUUAAAUGGCAAAGUAGGUCACCACACGUAUAAAAUUAUGUAUCUAAUGAAGCCUAGUUCUGAUUUCUUGCUCAAUGCAAAUGAAAGAUUAAAAAUUAAUCGAGUUGUACAAGAUAAAGAUUAAACUGUUAAAAUGCAUCAUCUUAGGAAGCAAAA